AUGGCGACUAAGCUCGCAGCGCUCGUCGUCUUGGCCGCGUUCCUCGCCGGGCCGGCGGCGUGCGACGGCGCCAGCAUUUGCUUCAACGGCUGGCUGAGGCUGCCCACCUACAACGCGGCGCUCUGUCGCCCCAGGCCGGACGUUCAGACGCGGCAGAGGAGACCUGCUCCCUCGGGGUCAGGACUCAGCUCCGGCUAUUACAACACCAGGUGCCCUAGCGCGGAGAAGAUCGUCACGGAUGCCGUGAAGAAGGCCGUGGAUGCGAACCCUGGCAUUGGUGCCGGGCUCAUCCGUCUCUUCUUCCAUGACUGCUUCGUUCGGGGCUGCGAUGGUUCCGUCCUCCUCAACACGACCAACUCGAAGAACAGCGACACGGAGAGGGAAGGCCCUCCCAACCAGAACAGCCUCCGAGGGUUCGAGGUGAUUGACGAGGCCAAGGCGGCGAUCGAGGCUGCCUGCCCCGACACAGUCUCAUGUGCCGACAUCGUCGCCUAUGCUGCCCGCGACGCGUCCUACUUCCUCAGCGACCGCAAGAUCAACAUCCAGAUGCCGGGCGGCCGCUACGACGGCCGCGAGUCAUUCUCCAACGAGACAGACCAGCUGCCUGGGCCCUUCUCUAACCUCACGGCGCUUCAGGGGAGUUUCGCGGCCAAGGGACUCACCUCCGACGAGAUGGUCACGCUCUCCGGCGCGCACACCAUCGGCCGCGCCCGCUGCUUGUUCUUCUCCACCCGUUUCUCUGAGAUGGAACCGGUAUUUGCCGCCAAGCUUAGGGCCCAGUGCAACGGCAACGACGGCACCAACGUGAACCAAGAUGAUGUGACCCCCAACAUCCUGGAUAAGCAGUACUACCAGAACGUGGUCGACAAGAAAGUGUUGUUCACCUCAGAUGCCGUGCUCAACUCGACGGAAACGAUAACGCAGGUGACAGAAAACGCGAACAUGACCGGGGCGUGGGAGAGGAAGUUCGAGAAAGCCAUGGAGACUAUGGGGAAAAUCGGGGUCAAGACCAUAGGCAACCAGCAAGGCGCAGAGAUCAGGAAGUUCGAGAAAGCCAUGGAGACUAUGGGAAAAAUCGGGGUCAAGACCAUAGGCAACCAGCAAGGCGCAGAGAUCAGGAAGGUAUGCUGGAGAGUCAACAACUAA